CCGGAGUCUAGUCUAGCUAGUUAUAUUAUAUACAUGUUCCUCUCUAGAGCUAGCCUGGUCUUUUUCCCAAUAAUUGAAUAUCAUCACAAUGUUUUUGUCAGCGAUCAAUUUACAAUCUUCACGCCUCCACACACUCAUCUAUAUAUAUGGCAUACAAUAACACAGUUCCACCACUUCUAACCCUCUUACAUAAUUCAUAUUCUCUGACUCUCACAUAUAUACACACAUGGAACCAGAGCUUUAUUUUCCUUCUCCUGCACUCUGCUCAACCAAGUGGUGGUCGACGGAGACAGUGGCGGUGGUCACCGGAGGGAACAGAGGCAUAGGCUUUGCUCUUGUGAAGCGCCUCGCCGAGCUGGGACUCAAUGUAGUGCUAACUGCCAGAAACAACCAAAACGGAGAGGCUGCCAUGGAGAAUCUCCGAGCACAAGGCCUUGCUCAAAACAUUCACUUCCUCCAACUUGAUGUCUCUGAUCCUGCUUCCAUUACAGCCUUUGCUUCCUCCUUCAAAGCUCAAUUUGGACCCACCUUGGAUAUUCUUGUAAACAAUGCAGGGGUGUCAUUCAAUGAUCUCAAUGAAAACUCAGUGGACCACGCGGAGAGUGUGAUCAAGACCAACUUCUAUGGUCCCAAGUUACUCAUUGAGGCUCUCCUCCCUCUCUUCCGCAGCUCUUCUUCUUUUGGCACACGCAUUCUCAAUGUUAGCUCAAGGCUCGGCUCUCUCAAUAAGAUGAGAAACGCGGAAAUGAAAAGAGUGCUAGAGAGUGAUGAGUUGUCGGAGGAGGAGAUAGAAGGAGUGGUGAGGAUGUUUCUGAGUGACGUGAGGAAGGGGACAUGGAAGAGCAAAGGGUGGCCGUCGUACUGGACGGACUACGCGGUGUCGAAGCUGGCUCUCAAUGCAUACUCGAAGGUGUUGGCUAAGAGGUCUAAUUCUAAUUCUUAUGGGUUGAGUGUGAACUGCUUCUGCCCUGGCUUCACACAAACCCCCAUGACCAACGGCAAGGGCACCCAUUCGGCGGCUUAUGCCGCGGACCUCGCCGCCACACUCGCCUUGCUUCCGCCUUGUCAUUUGCCCACCGGGAAGUUCUUUUUGCUUCGGAAGAAUAGCAACGUCCUUGGUGCUGCUUCUAAACUAUGAUGAUCAAUUAAGAGUCCGAUUAAUUGGUACUAUUACUUUAAUUUGGAUAUAAUGAACUUGGUAUGGGUUGAUCAAUUGUUAAAAUUUGGUCUCCAUUUCUAUUUUUUGUAAUUAUUAAGAGCACCAUUAUAUUGACCAAACAAGUUUUUCACCAAA